UCGCCGCCGCCCGGGAAGGAGGGAGAGCGUGGAGUGGGGGCAGCCCCAGCCGCCGCCGCGCUCCAUGGCGAUCCAGGGCUUGUGCGGCGAGGGCGGCUCGGAGCCCUUCUGGGAUUGGAACCUGACCUGGCACACAGAAAAUCCAGAUUUCACGAAGUGCUUUCAGAACACCAUCCUUGUCUGGGUGCCUUGCAUUUAUCUGUGGGUUUGCUUCCCAAUAUACUUCCUGUACCUCCGUCGUCAUGACAGGGGCUAUAUCCAAAUGUCGCAUCUUAACAAAGCCAAAACAGCCUUGGGCUUACUAUUGUGGAUAAUCUGCUGGUCAGAUCUUUUCUACUCUUUCUGGGAAAGAAGUCAAAAUGUUUUCCGACCUCCAGUUUUUGUCAUUAGCCCUACAGUUUUGGGCAUAACAAUGUUGCUCGCCACAUUUUUAAUACAAUUUGAGCGAAUGAAAGGAGUCCAGUCUUCAGGCGUAAUGUUGAUUUUCUGGUUCACUGCACUGUUGUGUGCCACAAUAAUUUUCAGGUCCAAAAUACUGCACGCCUUAAACCCGGGUGCUGAAGUUGAUGUAUUUCGUUACGUUACCUUCUACAGCUACUUCGUCCUGGUGCUAAUACAGCUUAUGCUGUCCUGCUUCGCAGAACGACCACCUCUGUUUUCUGAAACCGUUAAUGAUCCUAAUCUCUGCCCAGAGUCUAGUGCUUCGUUCCUUUCCAAAAUUACAUUCUGGUGGAUUACAGGGUUGAUGAUUCAGGGAUAUCGGCGACCAUUGGAAGCUAAAGACUUGUGGUCAUUAAACAAAGAGGACACAUCUGAGGAGGUAGUGCAAGGUUUGGCUAAGUACUGGGAGAAGGAGUGUGCAAAUACAAAAAAGCAAGCCAUAAAAAUGGUGUAUUCACCCAAAAAGCAAAUGAAAUCAAGCAACUCAAAUGGCGAUGUGACAGAAGAAGUUGAAGCUUUGAUUGUAAAACCAUCUCAAAGGAACUCUGCCCCUUCUCUGUUGAAAGUGUUGUAUAAAACGUUUGGACCAUACUUCCUCAUGAGUUUCCUGUUUAAAGCCUGUCAUGAUCUUAUGAUGUUUUCUGGCCCGGAAAUCUUAAAGUUGUUAAUUAACUUUGUGAAUGAUAAAGAUGCCCCAAAUUGGCAAGGCUAUCUGUACACAGGGCUUCUAUUUGCAUGUGCCUGUCUGCAGACUCUGAUUCUCCACCAGUACUUCCAUAUUUGCUUUGUUACUGGAAUGAGGCUUAAGACAGCUGUCAUUGGUGCAGUCUAUCGCAAGGCAUUGGUUAUCACAAAUUCUGCAAGAAAGACUUCUACUGUUGGGGAGAUUGUAAAUCUAAUGUCUGUGGAUGCUCAGAGGUUCAUGGACUUGGCUACGUAUAUAAACAUGAUUUGGUCUGCGCCUUUGCAAGUUAUAUUAGCAUUGUAUUUAUUAUGGCAGAAUUUAGGCCCUUCUGUCCUAGCAGGUGUGGCUGUCAUGAUCCUUUUGGUUCCAGUAAAUGCUGUGAUGGCAAUGAAGACAAAAACAUAUCAGGUAGCCCAUAUGAAGAGCAAAGACAACAGAAUUAAGCUGAUGAAUGAAAUUCUCAAUGGGAUUAAAGUGCUGAAACUUUAUGCUUGGGAAUUAGCCUUCAAAGAGAAAGUAUUGGGGAUCAGACAGGAAGAGCUGAAAGUGCUUAAAAAGUCUGCUUACCUUGCAGCAGUGUCUACGUUCACUUGGGUGUGCGCUCCUUUUCUGGUUGCUUUAUCCACCUUUGCUGUUUAUGUACUGGUAGAUAAGAACAAUGUCUUGGAUGCUCAGAAAGCUUUUGUUUCCUUAGCCUUAUUCAACAUCCUCAGGUUCCCACUGAAUAUUCUUCCUAUGGUCAUCAGCAGCAUGGUACAGGCAAGUGUUUCCUUAAAGCGUCUCAGGUUAUUUCUCUCGCAUGAAGAGUUAGAUCCAGAUAGCAUAAUCAGAGGUUCUAUCAAAGAUGCUGAAGGAAGCAUUAUUGUGAAGAAUGCAACAUUUAGUUGGUCAAGAAAUGAUCCUCCCUCACUGAAUGACAUUAAUUUCACUGUUCCUGAAGGCUCCCUGAUUGCCAUUGUUGGACAGGUUGGCUGUGGAAAGUCUUCAUUGUUGUCUGCCCUUCUAGGAGAGAUGGACAAGAGGGAAGGAUAUGUGGCUGUCAAGGGCUCGGUUGCCUAUGUUCCUCAACAAGCCUGGAUACAGAAUGCAGCUCUGAAGGACAAUAUUAGCUUUGGGAGGGAGAUGAAAGAGAGCCAGUAUAAACGUGUGAUUGAGGCUUGUGCACUUCUACCUGAUAUAGAGAUUCUUCCUAGUGGAGACAGAACAGAAAUAGGGGAAAAGGGUGUGAAUCUCUCUGGAGGUCAGAAGCAGAGAGUCAGCCUUGCUCGGGCAGUUUACUGUAACACCGAUGUCUAUUUAUUUGAUGAUCCUUUAUCUGCUGUUGAUGCCCAUGUUGGGAAGCAUAUUUUUGAGAAAGUUAUUGGACCAAAGGGAAUCCUGAAAAACAAAACUCGGGUUUUGGUAACCCAUGGGGUCAGUUAUCUGCCUCUGAUGGAUACAAUUAUAGUGAUGACUGAUGGUAAAAUAUCUGAGAUGGGCUCUUACCAAGAGCUGCUAACGCAAGACGGGGCCUUUGCCGAGUUUCUUCGUACAUAUGCUAAUGCUGAUCAGGAUGUGGAGAAUGGAGAUGCAAACAGCCCAACUGUGAAAGAAGGCAAGCAUAUGGAAAAUGGUGUUCUCGCAAAUGAAGCAACAGGAAAACCGAUACUUAGACAACUCAGUAACUCAUCAACUUACAGUGGAGAAACAAGGAAGUCUUUGAACCAGACUAGUACAACAGAGCUUCAGAAAGCACCAACAGAAAAGAAUGCUUGGAAACUCACGGAGGCUGACACAGCAAAGACCGGGAGGGUAAAGGCGACAGUGUACUGGGAAUAUAUGAAAUCCAUUGGACUCUUCAUCUCUUUUCUGAGCAUAUUCCUUUUUAUGUGUAACCAUAUAGCCGCCCUGGCUUCCAAUUACUGGCUAAGUUUAUGGACAGACGAUCCCGUUAUUAAUGGGACUCAGCAGCACACGCACGUCCGGCUAGGAGUGUAUGGAGCACUGGGAAUGUCUCAAGGUAUUGCUGUGUUUGGCUACUCAAUGGCUGUGUCAAUAGGGGGGAUAUUUGCCUCACGACACCUACACGUUGGCCUGCUUCACAAUGUCCUUAGGUCUCCAAUGAGUUUUUUUGAACGAACACCCAGUGGGAACUUAGUGAACCGGUUCUCUAAAGAGAUGGACACUAUAGACUCUGUGAUUCCUCAGAUAAUCAAAAUGUUCAUGGGCUCACUGUUUAAUGUCAUUGGGGCCUGCAUCAUCAUUCUCUUGGCCACGCCAAUAGCUGCCAUCGUCAUUCCACCGCUGGGACUUGUCUACUUCUUUGUGCAGAGAUUUUAUGUGGCCACCUCUCGCCAGCUGAAACGUCUUGAAUCUGUCAGCCGCUCUCCAGUGUAUUCUCACUUUAAUGAGACCCUCUUGGGUGUCAGUGUCAUUCGAGCCUUUGAGGAGCAGACGCGUUUCAAACUGCAGAGCGACUUAAAAGUGGACGAAAAUCAGAAAGCGUACUUUCCCAGCAUUGUUGCAAACAGGUGGCUGGCUGUCCGGCUGGAAUGUGUGGGGAACUGCAUAGUCCUCUUUGCGGCGCUGUUUGCAGUGAUUGCUCGCCACAGCCUCAGCCCUGGCUUAGUUGGACUCUCAGUGUCCUAUUCAUUGCAGGUUACAACAUACUUAAACUGGCUGGUUCGCAUGACAUCUGAGCUGGAAACUAACAUUGUUGCUGUGGAAAGAGUCCAAGAAUACUCUGAAAUGGAAAAAGAGGCUCCCUGGUGUAUUGAGCAAACUGCUCCACCAAACAACUGGCCUCAUGAAGGCAAAGUGGAGUUCAGAGGCUAUGGCUUACGUUACCGUGAGGACUUGGAUUUAGUUCUGAAAAACAUAAACGUUACCAUAAACGGAGGAGAGAAGGUGGGAAUAGUUGGAAGAACAGGUGCUGGAAAAUCCUCCCUUACUCUGGGUUUAUUUCGAAUCAAUGAAUCAGCAGAGGGAGAGAUUAUUAUUGAUGGAAUUAAUGUUGCAAAAAUAGGGCUCCAUGACCUGCGGUUCAAGAUCACCAUUAUUCCCCAGGAUCCAGUAUUAUUUUCUGGCUCUCUGCGUAUGAAUCUUGACCCUUUUGACAAAUACUCUGAUGAAGAAAUUUGGACAUCUUUGGAAUUGGCUCACUUGAAAAAUUUUGUUUCAUCUCUUCCCAAUAAACUUAAUCAUGAGUGUUCUGAAGGUGGAGAGAAUCUAAGUGUCGGACAGCGUCAGCUGGUGUGCCUCGCUCGGGCUCUACUUCGAAAGUCCAAAAUCUUGGUUUUAGAUGAAGCCACAGCUGCUGUUGAUCUUGAAACUGAUGACCUUAUACAGUCAACAAUAAGGACUCAAUUUGAAGACUGCACUGUUUUAACUAUAGCACAUCGUCUAAACACUAUUAUGGACUAUGAAAGAGUUCUAGUCCUUGAUAAAGGCGAAAUUGUGGAGUGUGAUUCCCCAGCCAAUCUACUUCAGAAGAAAGGCAUUUUCUAUAGUAUGGCCAAAGAUUCUGGCUUGGUAUAAUACAAGAACUUAGCUUGUACAAAUGGGAAAGAGGGGUGGAAAUUGACUGACUAUACACAUUGAGAGGAUUUUGAGAAUUCUGACUUCCUUUGUUCUGCUACUCAAACCAAACGCUUCCACCUCAGACCUGGAAAAAUAUAAGUUUAACAUGAAGAAGAUAAAAGUAACAUAAAUGCAAUGCCUUUUUUUUCCUUAAAGAUUUAUUUUGCAAGAAGUAGAAGUUCUGAAUGUACUAUGUUAAAGACCAAACUUAGACCUGUUUGAUAGAUUUGAGGCAAAAGAUGAAACUGCAGUCCAAAAAUGUUUGUUUUCUGAAAGCAAGAAAAAUCCUUUUGAGUUGCUUAUGUUCUGAAGAUCCUUUUUGUUUGAAAAAUCUUAGGUAGUAUUUUACAAUUUGUUCAGUUGAGAUUUACCAUUUUAAGAGCUAUCUGCUGUGGGAUGCACUCAGGGCAUUUUAUGGAAUAGCAAUAUGAGUCAACGUUUUUAUUCCUUGAGAAAUACUGUCCUGUACCAGGUCUUGUCUUGGCACUUAUUGUAUGUGGUCAGUGCUUUUAUGCAUCAUGUUAAAGUUUUCAUAUGUGUUUAUACUUUAUAGCAGCAAGUUUUCAGAAAUGUGUCCAUCUCAUUGAUGUGAAAAAGCACAAUCAUCAUCAAAACAGUCACUAUAACACCAAACUCUUGCUUGAAUGCAAAAAUUAAUGUAUUUCAAUAUUAAGUACUCAAUUCUGUACUCUCUUCACUCAGUGGUUCUUAUUUAUGUGAAAAGUACCAAUGGGGGGAAGGGUUAUUCUUCUGAGUAACGAUUUGCCUGAUUGAAGGCUUCAGAGUCAGUUAUCAUUUGGUUGUAGUAUUAUUGGUUAUUGUAUUUCACUGUCUCAUAUUUCAUUCAGAAGCCCUGCCAUAUCCAGGACUGUUAGCCCUACGGAAACAGCGAAACCACCUUUAGAGGCUGCUGCUGCUGCUAAUUCUUAACUGUUGUGCAAAAUGCUCUUACUGUUCCCCAAAAUAUACACAGUUUUAUUAAUGCGUGGAUGCCAGAGUAGCCUGACAGAGCUUAAUUCACAAUGGAGUCUAGUUCCAAGAAACUCAAGUGUUUUCUGUUUUUUACUUAGUAGGAAAAAGAAAAGAAGUUCCAUACAGUCUUUUUUUAUAGAAAGAUUGCUGAAUGACUGCAGUUUGAGUUCAGAUGGACCCAGAUAUCUACCACUCUGGAAAUGUGGACUGUUGGGAGUUUUAUGUUGCCGACCUUAAAACUAGACAAGUGUCUUUUCUUAGAAUAAAAGCUAUUUAUUUUUUUUGUAAAUUAUGAUUCUUUAAAAUUCAGUAAACCUGAAAAUGUCAUUGGUAUUUUUUGUAAUGACUAUAAUGGAAGAACUUGGAGUAAACUUUCUU